AUGGAAGAGUCCUACAAUUUCGCAACAACAAUUUUAACUUCCAAAACCCCCGAACAAGCAUCUGCAAUAAUACCAAAUGUAAUUGCGGGUUCAACCGGUAUUAAUAAGGACUUGAUAUCCUGGUUCGAUCGGUAUGAUUCCCUUUUGGCCAACCAUAAUAACAACUUGAAACAAUUGGUUGAGGAUGCUAACAGGAUUGCUCAACGUAGCAAAGUUGGUUUUAACAACUUUCCUCGCAACUGGAAUUGUUUGGUGAAAUCACUUGAACUAGAUUUAAGCAAUAAUGAAACCAUUCAGAAAAAUAUCAAACAAGAAAUUAUCCAUCCUCUAACCAAUUUGAUCGAGAAAGAUGUCAGAAUCUCGGAAUUGAUUGUUAAUGGCCAAGAGUUGGAAGAAAUAAGUUCGCAUCUAACUAAAGAUGGCGAGUAUCAAUGGAACUAUAAAGCUCCCCAGUCCUUCCAAAACUUGGAAGAUUUCAAAAAAAUCGAAAUCCAAUUGAUGUUCAAUGUCAUAUUAAAUUUCUUCCAAAUGUAUAAUGGCAAGUUGAAUAAAGAGUUGAAAAAUAACGAAAACUCAACAAACUAUCUUUUGGGUAGUUUCAAAUUGGACACUGAAAUGCAAAAUCAAUUGGAGUAUUUGAAGUCGACUCAAUUUCAAUCGAAAACAGCCGCGGCGUCAUCUUCCUCGAAAGAAGAUGCAAAUGCUGAUUCUCACCAUCCAAAGCUAAAAAAGAAAUUGGGUUCUUUUGCAAAGACUGAAAAGCACGAGGCACAAAAUGGAUCCUCGCCAUCUAAAAAGCCUUCAAAAUUAAAAUCCAGAGUUGGUUCGAUAUUUGGUAGAAAGAAAAAGAAGAACCGCGAAUCUAGUGGUAUGGAAAGCACAAUUCCCGAAGACGCAUCUAUUACAACUGAAACUUCAGCUUACAGAACGCAAUCUGCCUCAGUGGUGUCGAGAAAUACAACCAGAAGAUCUACAUUGGAACCAAGAGAUUUUGCUCAUGAAAACAAUAUAGCUGCUGCUGGUUCAAGUCAAACAAAUCCUCCAGACUCGUCUGCAGUAUUUUCUCAAAGACAACAAAAGGAGCAGGAAUCACCUUUUCAACAAACAUUGGAUCCUCAAACUCAGCCUCUAACUUCAUCGUCUCAACAACAACAACAACAACAACAACAACAACAACCGUUGCAAGCCAAACCCUUGCAACCUCAGCAGCAAGAGUCACAACAAAGACAUUCUGCACAAUUUUUCCCACAGCAACACCAAUCGUUGUUUAACUCUUCACAACUAGGACAAGGUGGUUAUGGCAGGGAACUGCCCAAUACGCCAUCUCAAGAUAAGUUCUUGCCUCCCCAGCCAUUACCAGAAUUAGUUGAAUCGCCAAACUUUAUUAAAUAUGAUAACGGUGACGACGACGAUGAGGAGGACGAAGACGAUGAUAAUAAUGAUGAUGACAAUUCCGACUCUGUUAUUGCUGGUCGUAGACACUCCUUAUUGCAAAGACAUGAGUUGGGUAGUGAUAAUGAAAAGAAUCGUGGCCAGCAGUACCCCACGCCUCCAGAUCUGCAUCAGAAACAGCAGCAACAGUCACAACAGAGCCAGCUGCAGUUUCUGUCCGUCCCGGCAACAGCAACAGCAGCAACAACAACAACAUCAUCAUCUUUUCCUUCCAAUCAAAAUGAGUUUCAAAGAGCUAGAAAUGAUAGUGAUGCAAAAUACUCAUUUGAAUCAGGGGACGAACAAACCCCAAUUUCACCAAUACAUAGAAGUAGUGAUCAGGGUGGUUUAAGUCAUGUACCUGAACAGUUACCGGAACCGGACCUUUCGCACGAUAAGAGAAAGGUGCAUAGAACUUUACAAUAUGUUUCUGAAAACGGCUCAAACCAAGGACUGAGUAACUUGUUUUCGUCGCAUGCAGCUAAGCCGGCUCCUCCACCAUCUAGAAAAGUCAAUCAUCAUGAUACUUUAUCAUCGAGAGAUUCUCAUUUAUUCCAUGGUUUACCUGCAGCUUCAACUAGUAGUUCAGUAAGAGAUUCUUUCAUGCCGCCAUUCAGUUCUACUUCUAGAAGCUCAUUUCUUGAUCCAUCAACAAGAUCAUUGACUAGUCAAGACACCGGUUCAUUAAUCAAGAACGAAUUCAAACACUUCAACUUGAACGAAGCAACAAGAGGGUUGAACUCUUCAAUUGCAGAGAUUGUAAAUGCAACUUUCAAGGAUGGGCAAUUGGUGAGUUCCCAAGUUGUAGGAGAAGUAGCUUUCAAUUACAAUGGUACUUAUGACCAAAGCUCACCCAUUGUGGUUAACGUGCCUUAUGAUUUUGACAAAUUGAUCGUGAACAAAACGUUUAUGGAAGAGCUCGGGAACCAUAACUAUAAGAUUGAUCCAGUAUCAAUAACUUCCAAGACCUUGGGGGGUUUAAAGUACUUGCAAAAAACUAAUCAAGUGCCUUUAUCAAUCCACCAAAUUUGGAAGUACGAGCCACACCAAUCUAGUUUAUUGCUAAGUAUAAGGUCCAAUGUUGAUGAAGAAGAUUUAGUUUUGGAUAAUUUUGUAGUUUCUGCAUCGUUAAACCAAGACAUCCAAGCCACGUCAGCUUCUUCAAGACCCCAAGGUGUUUUCAACAAGGACAAAAAUAGGAUUACCUGGAAGUAUCAUAGUCCAUUGACUCUUAAACCUCAUGGAGAAGAAAAAUUAAUAGUUAGAUUCAUGACAAACGGCCAAGGCUCAGAGCAUGAACAAGGUAUUCAAAUUAAGUUUGCUAUACACAAUCCUGCGAAAUCUGCAAUCAAAUAUUGCUCCAUUUACAAUUCAAGUAAUGGAGCAGAAAUCCCUACGUUUAGAAAUUUGAUAAGUGGACAUUACAGCAGUCAUUCAUAG